AUGUCCUCUCCACUUAAUUCUUCGACAAAGUUAAAGGCAAAUGAAGGGAACCUGCUCACAGAUCCCACUCAAUACAGGAAAUUAGUGGGGAAGCUGAACUUUCUCACCAACACACGACUUGAUAUUGCUUAUAGUGUUCAACAUCUCAGCCAAUAUAGGCAGAGUCCUCGAGAUUCUCAUCUCAAAGCUGCUAUGCAUGUGCUCAGGUACUUGAAAGGUGAUCCUGGUAUGGGGAUUUUCUUAUCAAAUAGUGCAGAUUAUAGAUUGAGAGCAUUUUGCGACUCAGAUUGGGCAGCUUAUCCUGAGGCCAGAAAGUCUAUUAGUGAUUUUAUUGUAUUGCAUGGGGACAAUCCAAUCAAUUGGAAAUCAAAGAAGCAGUACACUGUAUCUUUAAGCUCUGCAGAGGCAGAAUACAGGUCUGCGAGAAAGGUAGUUGUACAGCUUGUUUGGUUAUCUAAACUUUUGAGGAGCUGA